AUGGUUGACAAGGCCGUAGACAUACCAAUCGACCAAGUGACGGAAAUCAAAACGACGAUUUCUCUUGAAGAAAUCAUCGCGAAGAAAUACAAAAAGUUGGGUACUAUAGGGACGUUCGAGGAGGGAAUCACAUACAAAGCAAAGACGAUAGCGAGCGGAAAUUUUGUGACUGUCAAAGAGUAUGAAGAAAACAUUGAAGGCAUUCAACAACACUGUCUUCGCGAAAUAGCGCUCCUCAAACAAAUUAAUCACAAGAAUAUAGUCCAACUCCUUGACUAUUCAUACACGUCGGAGGGAUCGUACAUGGUCUUCGAAUACGCGGAAAAGAACUUGGAGACGUACAUCGAGAACUUCAACGGGGCUUUGCCCCUCCAGACGAUCAAAACUAUAACCAAGCAACUUCUUGAAGCAGUGGCCUAUUUACACACACAUCGCAUUCUCCAUCGAAAUAUAGAACCCGCCAACGUGUUAAUAUGCCAACAACAAACAGUCAAACUCGCAAAUUUCACGUACGCGCGACAAAUCGCGAUUCCUUUGCGAGACUACACGUACGAAGUUGUCGCUAAGUGGUAUAAAGCGCCCGAGUUGUUACUCGGAGCGAAAGCGUAUGGGACUGGAAUAGACAUGUGGGCGGUCGGGUGUGUGAUUGCGGAAAUGGUCAAUGGGAAACCGUUGUUCCAAGGAAACGCGCUGAUAGAGCAAGUAUUUAUGAUCUUCGAAUUACUUGGAAAGCCGAAUGAAAAGACGUGGGAGGGUGUAACUCAUAUGCAGUACUGGAGCGAUUUGUUACCCAAUUUCAGUGGGACAGGUGUCGAAAACAUUUGUGGGAAAGCGGGAAGUGAUGGUGUUGACUUGAUUAGUAAAAUGCUUGUAUGUGAUCCAAGUCAACGGAUUGAAGCUAAAGAUGCACUUAAACAUACUUUUAUCAAGUGUUUUAGUGAGUGA